AUGAUCAACGCCUCAGAACCCCAGGCGUCCAGGCUAUCGGCCUAUCUCUCGCGGCUGAAUCCCGUCCCAGCCUUCCCCGAGUACACCGGCCCCUACAAGGUCGGCACCAUCGACGUCGAGAUCCCCGUGUCCGACCUCCCGCAUCCCGCUCCGCGACCCGACAACGCCGGCGACGUCGAGACGGUGCUGUUCCGCGUCUUUUAUCCCGCCGUUGCCUCGUCCGCCGAGAAGCUCAUCAGCUGGCUGCCGGCGCCGCAGAGACACUAUGUCUCGGCUUACACCAAGUUCAUGGGCGUCGGACACACACUGGCCGAACUUCUCUCAUUCCUUCCCCGACAUCUUCACUACACCUCCAUUCCCGCUCACAAAAACGCCACUCUUGAAUCCGCAACCACCGACAACCGGCGAUGGCCCACGAUGAUCUUCUCCCACGGCCUCGGAGGCAGCCGUAACUCGUACUCGUACGUCGCCGGAUCGCUGGCGUCCCACGGAGUCGUCGUCUUUUGCCCCGAGCACCGAGACGGCAGCGCCGUCACCUCGUUUGUCCGCGUCCCCGGACAGUCCGGCCGCCAGUCCCGGAGAAUCAUCCCGUACAACCGCAUCUCGCAUGACGUCUCGCCCGAGGUGUACGAGGCCAGAGAAGCGCAGCUGAGGAUCAGAUUAUGGGAGCUGGGGCUGGUGCACGAGGCCAUCCUGGCCAUGGACGCCGGCCAAAAGCUCAACAACCUCAACACGUCCACCACGAGCCUCAGCCAGUUCACCGGCCGCCUGCACGUCCACGAGCCCGGCAGCAUCAUCUUUGCCGGCCACAGCUUCGGCGCCACCACCGUGUACCAGUUCCUCAAGAGCACCUACUACGCCGACGUCCCUGAGAUUGCCGCCAUGGAGAAGCCGCUGUUCACCCCUGCCGAGGACAGCAGCAUCCGGAAGCAAGUAACGGAGAAGAACGUCACCAUGCUGCUGGACAUGUGGUGCCUGCCCCUGCUGGCCCCCAACUCGGCGCCGCUGUACAAGCUCCCGCUCCCCGUCUACGCCGACGUCGCCUCCGCCCCCGGCGGCACCGCGCUGCUGGCCGUCGAGUCCGAGGCCUUCUUCAAGUGGUCCGAGCAUCUGCGCGCCACGGCGCGGCUGCUGUCGCCCGAUCCGUCGUCCAAGGUCGUGACGCCGGCCAUCUUCGAGCGGCCCAGCGGCAACAAGCUGCCCGAGCCCAACCUGUUUUACGUCGCCAGCUCCGCCCACCUGAGCCAGUCCGACUUUGGCAUCCUCUUCCCGCUGCUGACCAAGAAGAUCUUCAACGCCGUCGAGCCCGAGCGCGCGCUGCGGCUGAACCUUCGGGCGCAGCUGCAGCUGCUGCGGGCGAAUGGGGUUCCCGUCGCGCGGACCUGGAUCGGGGAUCUUGUUGAUGGCGGCUAUGUUGAUAAGCUGGACCUGGCAGAGAAGAAGAAGCACUCUAGCGAGCAUCUCGUGACUACGGAUGAUGGGCUUGACGACGACAAGGCCAUUCUCGAUAGGAGCGGCACUGGCCUCGUCGAUCACUGGGUCUGGAUCGAUACCAUUGGCUUGGGCGAGGAGCCGCAGGAGCAGGUCGGCGGCGGCGAGUCGACGACGGACAAGAUUGAGAAGAGCGAGGAGCAGAUGAAGGGCGAGCUGGAGCCCGGCGAACAGGCUGCUGAGAUUGCCCCGACAAAGGCCAUCAGUUUGCCCCAGGGCCAGGGCUGGCAGGCGAUAUGA